UGAGGGGGCGGGGCGUUGGGAGAAUUGGCUCCCCCUGGGGGUUGGGCACGACGUUGCUAGGGGAUUCUGAUAGGUUGUGCAGAAGGUUUGCCGCCGUAAGGCCCCGCCCCCGCUGGAACGCGGCAGGCGACUCAGGCGACCGGAGCGACUGGGGGCUCAGGGUGAUCGGAGGCAGGAGUCUGCGCGCCUCGGGAGGGACCCAACACGAACUGAUAAACGCAGAGCGGAUCUGGUCAGGGCCUGAGGCUCCGAACCGCGCGAUGUUGCUGAGCUCAGUGUUCUUGCUGGCCCUGGUCGCCCAGGGACUGAUGCUGGACAACGGGCUCCUGCGGACACCACCCAUGGGCUGGCUGGCCUGGGAACGCUUCCGCUGCAACACUGACUGUGAGGCGGACCCAAAGAACUGCAUCAGUGAGCAGCUCUUCAUGGAGAUGGCGGACCGACUGGCCCAGGACGGAUGGCGCGACAUGGGCUACACGUAUCUCAACAUCGACGACUGCUGGAUUGGCGGGCGCGAUGACAAUGGCCGCCUGGUGCCCGACCUCAAGCGCUUCCCACAUGGCAUCGCCUUCCUGGCUGACUACGCUCAUUCCCUGGGUCUGAAGCUGGGCAUCUAUGAGGACUUGGGCAACAUGACCUGCAUGGGGUACCCGGGCACCACGCUGGACAAGGUGGUCCCGGAUGCGCAGACCUUUGCCGAGUGGAAGGUGGACAUGCUGAAGCUGGAUGGCUGCUUCUCGACCCGCAAGGAGCGAGCCCAGGGGUACCCCAAGAUGGCUGCUGCCCUCAAUGCCACAGGCCGCCCCAUCGCCUUCUCCUGCAGCUGGCCAGCCUAUGAAGGGGGCCUGCCCCCCAAGGUGAACUACAGCCUCCUGGCAGACAGCUGCAACCUGUGGCGCAACUACGACGACAUCCAGGACUCCUGGAGCAGUGUGCUGUCCAUCCUCGACUGGUUUGUGAAGCACCAGGAUAUUCUGCAGCCCGCGGCCGGCCCCGGGCACUGGAACGACCCAGACAUGCUGCUCAUUGGGAACUUCGGCCUCAGCUUUGAGCAAGCUCGGGCCCAGAUGGCCCUGUGGACAGUGCUGGCGGCCCCCCUCUUCAUGUCCACAGACCUGCGCACCAUCUCCGCACAGAACACGGACAUUCUGCAGAAUCCACUCAUGAUCAAAAUCAACCAGGAUCCCUUAGGCAUCCAGGGACGCAGGAUCCUCAAGGAGAAAUCCAACAUCGAAGUGUUCAUGCGGCCCCUGUCGGGCGAGGCCAGCGCCCUGGUCUUCUUCAGCCGCAGGACAGAUAUGCCUUAUCACUUUCACUCCUCACUCGCCCGGCUGAACUUCACCAGCUCCAAAGUGUACGAGGUCCAGAACGUCUACUCAGGUGACAUCAUCAGUGGCCUCCGGUGUGAAACCAACUUCACGGUGACCAUCAACCCUUCGGGCGUGGUGAUGUGGGCUAUGCAGGAAGCCUGGAAUCGGCUGUGCGAAGGUCCACGGGAGAGACGGGGAGAUCGGGACCCAGGCAGCUGCAGUGAAGAGGAAGCCGGGAACUGGCCAGCCCACUAGGCCUCAGUGACAGCGGGCAGGGCUGCGGGGCUGACUCACAGACCAGAGACCGGGGGACAUAGAGGCAGAAGCACGGGGAAGAACUGGGAUGCACCUGUCCCACUGUCUCUGCAGCCGUCUAGUUCCCAGACUCCCCUGGAGAAAAACAAGUCCCUGUUUAAAGAGCCUCGAGUCGUUCUCAGAAAUAGCCCCCCUAGAUAGCACCAGGAGAGCUAGGGUGGCAUCAGAAUCCCAGAUCACCUUCUUACUGAGAUGGGACAAAGCCAUCUGCACUGACUUGGGGUGUACAACAGGAUAAAUCGAAAAGGCCUUCCUCAUUAAAAAGGUUACCC